AUGGACGUCUCUGUCCGGAAAGAGCUAAGUGAUCUCGUGGAGAAGAUGACACACUCUGGGUCGCCUUCUUUGGACGACACGCAGCUAAAGAAGCUGAAGAGACUGUGCAGGUCGUCGGACGCCAACGUCCGUGCUGUUUAUGAGCUUUUCAUGGCCGAUCUGGCCAAGAAACACGCCGAAGUACGGUUGUCUGCCUUUCAGAUCGCGGCCGAGCUCUUCCCUCGUUCGCAUCUCUUUCGGCAGCUCCUCACUGGCGAAUUUCAGCGAGUGGCGGAGCUUGUGACGGGCACGGAGUCGCGACACCCACUCCCUCCUCCGGCCCCCGCGGCCAGCCGACUCAAGGAGACCAGUCUCCUAGCCAUCCGUCAGUGGAACGAGAAAUUUGGGGAGGGUUACCCCAAACUGAGGCUGGGUUUCAACCAUCUCAAGCACAGCAAGAAGGCAAGCCUCUGGCUCUCCUUCCUCAGUGUGGAUUUUGAGCGUCUGGUGGCACAAACGGAGGCAGUUCGUCGACAGAGCACGGCCAGAGAUGCGCGGAGAGACGCCCUAGCCCAGCAGAGACUCAGUGAAGUUCAUGCCGAGAUUGCUGAUCAGAAAUAUGACAUUGAGAGUGUUCUGAAGGAGAUGGAGUCGUGUUUCGAUAUUCUCGUCCCGAGAUUUUUCCCCGAGGAAGAAGAGUGCCUACCAUCACUCCAACGAACGCCGACAAGAGAGACUUUGGCAGAGGCUGGCAGUGAGAAGGCGGAGUUUCGUGGACGUGUUCUGAGUUCGGAUGGUUCAUUUGCCUCUCUUGAGAGUGGUGGAGGGAGCGAGGGUGGGGGUGAGGGAGAGGAGGGGGAAGAUGAUGCAGGGAAGGGGGUUAAGGAGGAGGGUAAUAAGGGUGAGAAGGGUGCAGAGGAUGAAGGCGAGGUUGGUGAGGAGGGAGGGAGUGAAAGUAGUGAUGAAUCGGAUGUCGAGUGGGAAGAAGUUGAUCCUCUUCCUGGGCCGUCCUCUCUGAAGGAGAAUGGCUUCGUCUAUCGGGGAACUAACAUCUCCAUACAGCUACCUACCAAGAUUCUGGUAGAGGAGACGGAGGACAAUACGAGUGUGUUGACUGCUCUGUCUGAGAGCCGCCACCUCCUCAAAGAUACCUACCUUCCCAGAGUCAACAGAUGGCUCGAGUGGCUCACAAAGGCAGGGGACGAGAAGGACCUAAAGGAGAUGAUUGACAUAAAGAGCAAUAUCCUUGACGUGCUAGAAAAACACAAAAAGUUUAACAUAGCCAUGUCGAAGUCUACGCACUCCGGUGAAGCAGGUCCUUUAUCACUACCUCUUUGCCCUUCCCCUCCACACUCUCCCUCCUCUACCACUGACUCUCAGUCCUCCAUCAUCCACCGCCCCACCACAACCACUGCUACCACGACCAGAGAGAGUCUCCGUUCCAGGGAGAGGGAAUUGGAACAGGACCCAACCACUAUUCAGGCUCAGCUUGGAGCACUUCACGGGAAAAGCAGUGAUGCCAGAGUCCAGGGGAUGGCUGAAUAUUCAAAGCAACAGCUCACUGAUGGUAGCGAAGGGCAGACGACAGCUAUCUCCAACGUACCCGUGGUCCCCUUUGAUAUGGAUCUCUACCACUGGGACAAUUCUGAGGGGAAACCCCCACCCAUCAAGAAAGUCUGUAUGUCAUCAGUCCACCAGUACUGGGGCUCAGAGCGAGACAUUGAGCUGUCUGAAGAUGAGAAGGCACUGCUCAGAUGUAGGACCAUCCAGUUCACGGGGAAAUUUGAGCCAGUGAAGUGGUCGUGUCGGGCACCGUUGCCCAGUGGGAGACUGUGUCCUCGCAGAGACAGAUUCAAAUGUCCAUUUCAUGGGCCAAUAAUUGCAAGAGACGAUCAGGGGCGCCCCUCACAGACUGCUACAGAUGAACCCUCCACAUCGGGCAAAACCUCCACACAACCAGAUGCACCUUCUUCUAACAUCAGUGAGGCAGACUACAAUGACAUCGAGGCAGCCGUUUUUGCCUCCAAAGGACUUGAGCCUCCGACACAACAAAAGGGAAAGAAAAGAAAGGGAGGUCGCCAGAAGAAGCAUCCUGGACUCACUGAUAUUGCAGCUCAGACGGACACACCAAGGAACAGGCUGGAGCACCGCAUCUUCAGCAAGCGAGCUGUGAAAAGAGUUGCAGAUGUGAUUGACGCAGCCAACGCCCGGCGCCAUCGCGACAAGUUUGGAGACUCGUUUAACUACGCCCUCGAAAAAUAACGGAUCCCCGAAAGUGAAAACCAUAAAGCUCCGAUGUUUUUCCCCUCACUCUCCGUGUAUGUGCACAGAGGUUAAAAUGAUAUUCUCAAACAAAGAUAGCAGAUUGCGAGAGAGAUCAAAAUAAUGAAAGACGCACCAUCGCUAGCACACACACAGAGCAUAUAUACAACAGAUGUACGGAAGAAAGGGUCAGCAAAUUCCAUUUUCAAUGGGAUUUUAACAGAUGUGACAGUAGCAGUGUCAGUUAGGCGGAGGUGGGCGGUGCAACAUUCAGCUUAUGUUGUGUGGUAGGUGAGCGAGGUGCAACACCUCUCUGGUCUGUACUCUUUGUCGGCGGUGGCAUCAACGGAACCUUUCUACUGCUCUCUGCGACACUGUUUCCAGGCACUGCAGUGUUCUGCUUCAUCCUGUUGGUGGCCUGUCUGCUGCCCGCACCGCUUCUGAUCAUCUCUUCUAUCAUCUGUUCUUGUCGUGCGAGGACCGAGGAACGAACGCCCGCCCCACCACUUCCACCGUGUGAGCUCUUGGGUUUGAGCAUGGAGGGGAAGAAGGUGGCAGGUGGGAGACUAGGUGGGUGGCUCUGCUGGAGGACUGGAGGUAGGGAAACCACUGGUUGGCCAUUGCUCAUAUCAAUGACAAACUUCUCCUGGUUAUCGAGGCUCUUGCUUGGGAACUUAAUGGGAGGAUCAGGGACAGCUUUUCGGGGUCGAGUCGUGUGCGACAGUGGUUGAGGUUUCUUGAGUGUGGUGCGGGUCAGCACUACAGGCUUGUCUGGGAGCAGAACCUGUUUUGGUGGAACGGCAGGCUUCUUGGCUCUGGCAGGUGCUGAUGGUACGAGUGGAGGUGGCAGCGGUUUCCGUGGAAUAGU